UCUUCUUCCCCAUCUCAGAGCCUCCGCCGCACCGCCGAGCGACACCUCCCCCCACCGCCCCGGAAAUGACGACUCGCUUCAAGAAGAACCGCAAGAAGCGCGGCCACGUCAGCGCCGGCCACGGUCGCAUCGGCAAGCACCGCAAGCACCCGGGGGGCCGCGGUAACGCCGGAGGCAUGCACCACCACCGCAUCCUCUUCGACAAGUACCACCCGGGCUACUUCGGCAAGGUCGGCAUGCGGUACUUCCACAAGCUCCGCAACAAGUUCUACUGCCCCAUCGUCAACGUCGAGCGGCUCUGGUCGCUGGUCCCCCAGGCCGCCAAGGACAAGGCCUCCGGCGCCGCCGCCGCCCCCGUGGUCGACGUCACCCAGUUCGGGUACUUCAAGGUCCUCGGGAAGGGCGUCCUGCCGGAGAAGCAGCCCAUCGUGGUGAGGGCCAAGCUGGUGUCCAAGAUCGCCGAGAAGAAGAUCAAGGAGGCCGGCGGCGCCGUCGUGCUCACCGCUUAGGUCGCCCCCAUCCGGUAGCUUUUAGGGGUUUCCGUUUACGGUCAUAUACAAUUGAUCCCGCUUUCCAUUAUGGUUUUGACGCUUGGUUGUAAUUGGAUCUGGAUCUGUUUACUUUUUAUGUAGGCGGAGAGCUUAAUUUUCUGGGUAA